ACCACCGUCCGCCGCCAUGAAGUACUUCUCGCUCGUCCUCCUCGUCGUCCUUGCGGGGUCGCCCUUGUCCACCACCGCAAACGUCAUGUGCGACGGAGAUGGCAGAUACACGGCCAACAGCACCUACGAAGCCAACCUCCGCCGCCUCGCAUCAGCAAUGUCGGCCGAGAUCUCCUCCACGCCCCAAGGUCAAGGUGAUCUCGCUCUCGGGUACUGGCCUAACCGGCUGCGAGCCACCUGGACAUGCUACGGCGGCAGCUCGUCGUCCUGCUCCGCGUGCAUCGCUGCCGGCUUCCAGGAAUCGGAGGCAGAGUGCCCCUACAGCAAGGAGUUCUUCUUCGACGAUGGCGACUGCUGCCAGCUCCAAGUCGCCAACUUCCUUGCUUUCGAGCGCUUCUUCCGCUCCACCACUCUGACAGAAAGCAUGGCUUUGGUAAUGGCGCUCCAAGCAGUAGCGUUUGCAUAUCUUCUCAUCUUGUUUCUGCAGGGAUGGCGUCAUAGGUCUUGAUGCGUUCCAGUCCUCUUCCAUCAGCAGAUAAAUAUUUUUUAUAAACUUGGUACAAUUUCAGCACCGACAGGAAUAUAACUUGUAUGCUUGAAUAAAAUAUGUAUGUUUUCCAUAAAGCUUGAGAGGUUUCACGAUCCGCCUUUUGUCUCCCCAAAGAUACAAACAAUUUAGACUACCCACUUCGCUUAUUAUGUUUGUGGUUAGUGAUUAUGUUGUCUAUAUAUGCUCC